AUGUUUGAAAAUAGGCACGACCCGAAUCCCGCAUUCCUCAAUGGCUUUCAAGGCUUCUGUAGCGUCUUCGUCACUGCGGCGUUCGCCUACACCGGCACCGAGCUGACUGGGCUGGCUGCUGCGGAAACGAUCGAUCCAAAGAAGGAGAUCCCGAGGGCUUCGAAGCAGGUCGCGUGGCGUAUCGGCAUCUUCUACGUCGUCAAUCUUCUCCUUGUUGGUCUCAUCGUACCGGCAGACAGUCCCUUGUAUAGUGGCGAGGGUUCCGAAUCGCGUCGCUCGCCUUUUGUCAUUGCAAUUCAGCUUGCUGGCAUCAAGGUACUGCCGUCGAUUUUCAAUGCCGUCAUCUUGAUCGCCGUCAUGAGCGUUGCCAACUCCUGCACGUUUGGCUCGACUCGAACACUUCAGGCUCUCGCUGCGAACGGAAUGUUUCCCAAGGUCAUGGCCUAUAUUGAUAAAAAGGGACGUCCUAUACCUGUGGUCAUACUGCAGCUUCUCUUCGGGCUGCUGGCCUUUAUUAACCUGGCAGAGAAUGGCGGGACGGUCUUUGACUGGCUCCUGUCGUUGUCGGGCCUUACCAUCCUCUUUGUCUACGGCGGUAUCGCUCUGGCUCAUAUCCGCUUCCGCAAGGCCUGGGCCGCGCACGGCCAUACAUUGGACGAGCUUCCCUACAAAGCCUCGUUCGGCGUCUGGGGCUCAUGGGUGUGCUUCAUCAUCUGCGCUCUUGCUCUGAUUGCCCAGUUCUACGUCGCACUGUAUCCCGUCGGCGGCCCCAACCUGGAUGCCAGCACCUUCUUCCAGCUCUACCUCGCUGGUCCACUGCUCAUAUUCCUAUACGCGAUUUGGAAAGUCUAUAGCUGGUUCUUUGAGCAUGAACACAGCCCGCUGUUUAUCAGAUCAAAGGACAUUGAUAUCUACACGGGCAUGAGAGAGCAGCAGCAACACAUCAGUGGCCCAGGCGUCUCGGCCGAGCAGAGACGCGCUGCCAUCGCCGAGAUUCAAGAGGAAACGGAGAAGAAAAGUGUUGGGACUUAUAUCAAGGAUGCUAUUAGAAGCAUCAUUUAA